GUUUGAAACUGAUUGGUGAAUUUGCGUGCAAUGAAAUUUUCGUGUGCCAUGCUUUAUAUUUUCUGUAGUGAUUUAAAAUAAAAAAUUUUGACAAGACCAUCGCAUUUUACGACUAAAAGAGACGCUAAUUAAAGUGAAAUCAUGUUUCGAACAAAAUUGGACGUUGAUCGCCACGUUCAAGAUGUAUUUCGAAAGUUAAAAGAUGAGAGCGAGAGAAAUCUCCGUUGUUACAACAUUGCCAAAUUGUAUUUCCAAGUUGGAGAUUAUGAAUCCGCAAAACGAUAUGUCUCGAAUUACUUGGAAAUUCGCACAGAGUCAGAGGGUGCACAUAAACUUCUUGGUCAAAUUCUCGAAGCUCUGGGUCAUAAGGAGGACGCUCUUUCUCAAUAUAAAAUUUCUCUUGAACUUGAGAGCAGACAAGAUGACCUAGUACUAAAAGUUUGUGAGUUGCUUGCUGACAUGGACGUUGGAGUUGAUGUUAACAGAGCCAGAUAUUGGGUCGAAAGAGCUGACAAACAAUUUCCUCACCAUCCUGUAGUUUUUCAACUUAAGGAAAAAUUGCUGACUCUCGACAAACCUAAUAAUGACGGUGAAGAUCUUAAGGCAUUAAUAUCAUCUGAAUUGUCGGUGCGACCAAAAGACGUGCAACUACGUGUCAAAUUAUUGAAACAUUACAUGGAGAAGGAUAAACUUGACGAAGCGUACAAACAUGCUUUUGAAGUUGAAACAACCCAAGUCCACCGAGACGAUGUUUCUUGGUAUCAAGUUUUAUGUGAUUUAUUAACAAAAUGUAAAGGUCUCAGAAAACACGACUGGUCGUUUUGGGUAUUUUAUAUUUCCGCGUUGGAGAGAUUUGUUGCUCUAACACUCAAAGAGCAGGGGAGCAUUUUAAAGAAAUCUAUAUCUGAAGCUACACAAGCUUUAUUCAAUUUUGAUCAAUCUUUGUACGAAGCGAAAACACAAAAUUUUUCGACAAAUCCAAUUUUUAUGGAGAAUAUGUUUACACACAUGUGGGGACAGCUACAUUUCCAUGUGGCUUGUUUAAUUUUACGAAAGACUAAACGUGAACAGGGAAGUUGGAGUGAAGCGGGACGUUUGUGUGCGCCAUUAUUUCUCACAGCAUUACAUGUUACGCCUGUUGAUCCCACAUCACCUUGGGCUGUGCAUUUGAAAAAUGAGAGUAAAAAUCAAGUAAAUUUAUGGUACAAAGACGGUUCAUAUCGUUGCAGUCAGGCGUGUCAUGUACUUCAAGAUUAUGCACGCGAUGAACCCAAUCGUCUCUUGGAGAAAAUUGAUAAAUUUUCCACGGGUUCAUGGCGCGAUAGAAUAUUUCAAAGAAUUUUUAUCAGCAGGCUUUAUUCAGAGAAUAAAACAUCAUAUUUCGCGACUCAUAAAGCAUCAAAUUCACCACUACGACUGUGCUCGCAAAAUGAAUUAAAAAAAUAUGACGAAAUAUCCGAAGAAGUGUGGCCAGCCUCGUUACAUCAUCAAAUUUGGCUUGGCAUCACAAAUCGUCCUCGUAAUUCAACAAAGAAACAUAAUCUUUAUCCACAUCAGGCAUGUCAUCUAUUUCCGGAAUUACAAUUUUCUACCUAUAAUAUCAAUCAAAGUGCACCCGAUUCAUUGAGUCGAUUGGAUAUUGACGCAUUUUUGAAUGCAGCAAUUUUGUGUAGUUACGUGACAAUUGAGGAGCAACAGCGCAGUAGUUUCCUGAAUCCCGAAAGAUUGCCAACAUUACCUGCCGAUCUUACCAAUACAAUGUGCUCAUCAGUCCAGGAGAAAUGGUGGUUCAAUGCCUACAAAAUGUACCGCAGACAAGAUGUGACCAUGAACGAUAUGGGAGAGAUAAGACAAGAAAUUCAACGCGGUUUGGAAGUUGUUCGCUGUAUCGGAAAUCAUGGACUACAUCCAAAUAUUCUAGUUCAUCUCGCCAGAAUAUUUCACUAUCGAAUCAAGGAAUUGCAGGACAAAAAUCCAGAACACAGCGACAUUCCAGCGCUCGAGGCACGCUGUGAACUUUACUGGUCAACUGCCAUUCCACUUCUCGAGAGACUGCAGAAUAAUCAAGUAAUUCGUACAAGUAACAAUAAAAUAUUCGACUACCAAGGCAAGGACAUGAGCAGAUCCGAACUAACAAAAGCAAUGGAGGAAGGACGUCUCCUUCUCGUACAGAAACACGUUCGCAAUAAGGAAUACGAGCGAGCAAUUGACGCCCUACAAGUACUCAAGUGUCCCGAAGCAUCUUUUGAGCAGGGGAAAAUUUACAAGGAAAUCGCCGACGAUCUCGUCAAGUCCCUACCCAGAGAGAGUCUCACAUCCGAAUCAAGAUCCCAGAACGGUAUUCUUCUGACAAAAGCCCGCAGUUGCUUUUACUUGACCCUCGAUCGUCUCCGCAGUCCCGAUGCCGAUACAAAGCAUCCUCUAAAUUCCGAACUCGUCACCUACAUCGCCGACAUCGAGAACGAAUUAAAGCGAAUCGAACCCGAUUUAUCCCGAAACGGAAUCAGCCGGAACGACUGUGACGCCCUCUCCGAGGACAGUUAUUCCUCAGCUCACAGCAACGAGGAUAUUCCCGUCACAAACUCCUCCAUCAAUCUCGAAAGCACCGUUCACUUUUUACAAACCCCACAGAGAAAUUCCCACCGAACACCCAAACAAUCCAGCACACCUUGUCGAAUCCCCCAUCAAGAUGUUCUCGAACUCUCCAGAAAUCGCAUUGAAGCUCGACCCAGUCCCGAGAGACUCGACGCUCAAAUUCGUCAACUCCUGCACAUCAAGGACAACAUCGUGCAGACAGUCAUGGACCAGAACAAGGCCCUCAUGGAAUCGAACCAGGUCAUGAUGGACAAACUCGAGGAACUUAGAAAAGAAGUCGCCGAACUUCGUCUGGAGACCCAAAAACAAAAACCUCCGGUAAGCACUCAGAAUUUAGAGGAAGAUCUCUAUUUCCUGAAUGAUGAGGACUAUGGCGAGUACAACUAUCAAAACACAACGCCACAACAACCACAGGCAGCGCCCUUGGCCGGAAAUCUCUUCGCCCAAUCACCGAGACAUCCGUACCCGAACAUCGUCUAUCCAUCAGCGACCCUCCAGGGCCAGGCGAUUGGCUACUAUCAAGGAGCCUUGCCCUUCAACGAUCCGAAUCAUCACCUUCACUCCUCGCUCUACGCGGCUAAUGUCUACCCCGUACCACCGGUCGCUCAAAUGUACCCCCGUCUUCCAGUCGAUCCAACAUUGAACCAAAUGCCGAAAAUUACCGACAGUAUUCUGCAACAGGCUCUUUUCAAUCAAGUACAACCUCAGAUUUCAAACUUGGCACCAAUGAUCCAACCACCGAAAAUCGAACCUCAAAAAACUGAGUCACAGAAAGAUGUUAUCAAAAAUGUUCCUUUGAACAAGCAACCGCCGGUGAAUGUGGUAAUCACCUCGAGUGACACGCUACCAACUACGGUUCCAUCGGUGCAACCAGUGAUGAGUGUCACGAUUCCACCGCAACAUCGACUUGGAACGCCAGCCGCCAGUGCACUUCCUGGCACUGUUCCCCAUAGUUAUCAAAUUUCGAUGCCUUCGCAAGCGACAAUUCCAACUACCGUCAAUUUGCCAACACUUGCCUCGACCCUCACUGUCUCAUCGCCAAUGAAUAAAAAUAUCGAAAGAUCUAUCGAAAGAGCAAAUAUGAGCGUUCACUCUUCCUCGUCGCACAAUAAUUCCCUCGAGCUAUGUCCGGAACAGGAACACGAUCCAAUUCCCGAUUUUGUUCCCAUAAUUCCCCUGCCCGAGGAGGUGAUUGUCACCACAGGCGAGGAGAACGAAACAACUUUAUUCAGCUCCAGGGCGAAAUUGUACCGAUUCGCCGACAAGGAAUGGAAGGAGCGCGGAAUUGGUAAAGUGAAAUUGCUCAAGAAUGAGGAGGGAAAAGUUCGCCUUCUGAUGCGACGAGAGCAAGUGCAUAAGAUUUGUGCGAAUCAUAUGCUGACGAGGGACAUUGAAUUGACACAGAUGCCGAGUAAUAAUAAGGCUUGGAUUUGGGUGGCGAAUGAUUUUGCCGACGAGGAGGUGAGAUUGGAGAAAUUCUGCAUUCGAUUUAAACUCGAGGAGGAGGCGCAAUUGUUCAAGGAGGCCUUUGAUGGUGCUAUUAGAUCGUUGCCUGAGUCACCGGAGAAAUCGAAGAAGAGUGAGAAAAAAGUGGAGAAGAAGGAGACGAAGAAGGUGGAGACGAAAAUUGAUUCUUCAGUUAUUAAACUUGGAGGAUUGUCCUUCAGUUCUGAACCGGUUGUGCAGAAGACUGUAGCUGUUGAGGAGAAGAAAGUUCAAAAGGAAGAACCGCAGAAAGUCAAUCCUUUUGCGCAAUUUUCUUUUGGAAAAACUGGCUUUGGUUCGGGAACUACUACAACAACUACGAGUUCAUCGCUUGGUGGGAUUUCGUUCGUCAAGGCUGCUGAUAGUGAAUCUCCACAGACUGGAUCUAUAUUUGGAGGUUCCAAGACUGUAAGGUUUCCGACCUGUUCUGGUAAUACUGCUGCGAAUAAAUCUGCAGUUGAAGGCACAAAAGGAAAUGAAGAAGCUGAAAUUGCUGAUGGAGAAAUGUCCAUAUUCGAACAAAAAGCAAAUCUUAUGCAUUUGAGUAGUACCACCAACACUUGGGAAGAUAAAGGAUCCGGUCAAAUAAACGUUCUAUUUAACGUGAAGACAAUUAAAAUGCGCUUCCUAAUGUUGAAUACAAGUAAUUCUAACAUCAUAUGCAAUCAACAAAUAUCAUGGGACAUGAAAUUCUCCUUUAGAGCGACUAGUGAUACAGUAAUUACCUGGGUGAUUCCAAAUGAAAAGACCAAAAAAUCAGAUUCAUUCGCUGUGACCUUCAAAAAUCAGAAAUCGGCGAAAGAAUUUUUGGAAUCAGUGCAAAAUUAUCAGCAAACUUUGGGUAAAACUUCAACUGCAACUAGUCAAAGUAAACCAGCGGAAAAAUCAAAAGAGCCUCUGUCAACUCUAUUCAAACCAACGACAGGAAGUUGGGAAUGCAAGGCGUGUUACAUUAGAAAUAAUGCCAAUCAAACAAUAUGUAUCGCUUGCAAUACACCGGCUGUUGAGAAGAAAAUUGAAACAAAAUCAACAACGACUCCCGUUGUGCAAACGCAAAAACCACUUUCCGAAUUAUUUAAACCCUCAGCUGGAUCAUGGACUUGCCAAGGAUGUUACAUGGUUAAUAAGAGUACGGAUCAACAGUGUCCAGCGUGUGAUGCGCCGAAAGAUCCUUCAAAACCAAAAACAACAAACGCUGCACCAACUUCAACCACGGGACAAAAAUCACUUUCGGAAUUAUUUAAACCCGCAGCUGGUUCAUGGACAUGUCAAGGAUGUUACAUGGUUAACAAAGGUGCCGAUCAAUAUUGUCCUGCUUGUGAUACACCUAAGGAUCCGUCAAUGCCACCAAAACCAAAGACAAAUAGUUUUGGUCUUAAGGCUGAUUCUACAAGUUCAAGUACCUUUACUUUUGGUUUUCCACAAACAAAUAAAGAAACCUCACUCAGUUCGCCAGCGACCAGUGCAUUCUCAUUCGCAUCGUUGAGUACCACGAAACCAAAAGCCGAUGCGGUGAAUACAACAAUAUCGACAAUAUUCGGAGGAGGAAAGAAAACCGAACCAAUCAGCACUAAUUUCACAUUCGGUACUCCAACACGUCCCACAACACCGCCAAAUACAACAACGAAACCUUAUGUUUUCGGCUCACCAGGAAAAUCAUUCGAUUUUCAAUUCAGCGCAAAACCAAGUGCCAAAUCACCUGGUGGUGGUGCUGGUGGCAACAAUGGCGGUGAAACAAGCGAAGACGAAGUUGUCGAAAGUGAUGAUAUUUACUUCGCUCCAGUAAUUCCAUUGCCAGAAAAAAUUGACGUAAAAACUGGCGAAGAGGACGAGGAAAUUGUCUACAGUCAUCGCGCAAAACUCUUUAGAUUCGACGGUAACACCAAAGAAUGGAAAGAGCGAGGUCUUGGCGACAUUAAAUUAUUGAGACACAGUAAAACAAAGAAACUACGAUUAAUAAUGAGACGUGAUCAAAUUCUAAAACUCUGUUUAAAUCAUGCACUAACACCCGACAUUGAAGUAUCAGUGAGGGACGAUAAAACGUGGACAUGGUCAGCGGCCGAUUAUAGUGAAGGUGAAAUAGAAUAUUCACAAUUUGCCUGUCGCUUCAAAACACCGGAAAUCGCUAAAGAAUUCAAAAUAUCAAUCGACAAUGCACUCGCCGGCAAAGUUACCGAACCAAAAACAAAAACCACCGACGACAUUGAAAUUAUCUACGAAAAGAGAGUAACGGCACAAGAGAAGGAGGAGGCGAAAAAAUUGAGAUUACCGGAAAAUUUCUACUCUUACAAAUACAAUGAAGACUGUCCCGGUUGUAUUGGUUGUCGAGAACCGGAAGUACCACUAUUCGACACAAGAUCAAGUGUAAGUGUGAUAAAAGCUCUCGAUUUUAGCAAAUCCGAAAGCAAAGUUGAAAAGUCCCCGGAAAAAGUGGAUCUGUCGAAGAUUAGUACACCACCGUCAGUCUUUAGUUUCUCGGGAUCGAUAAAUAAACCAAGUGGCGGAUUUUUCGGCAAUUUGAGUGCUACUCCUACUUCGGGUAAAGUAGAAACGCCAACGAUUGAAAAAUCAACGAGUUUAGUGUUUGGUAGCACUUUAACAACGCAAUCGCCAAGUGAAAAGAUGAAUGAAAAUUUAGCUCUACAGAAAGCGAAGAAUAGUGACAUUAGUUCGACAACUACAACUAGUUUGCCAACUGAACUUCCAACAUCAACCGCGGCAGCUACAUUCAGUUUUGCCGACACCUCGAAAACUAAUGCCACUCCAAUCUUCGGCUCGAAACCAUUUUCGAGUUCAAUCUUCGGUGGAAGUACUUUUAAUUCCUUGCAGAAAAGUACAAGUCCCACAAAAUUAGAGGCAAAAAGCACUGAAGAGAGUAAACCAUCGACAUUGUUUUCUGGUUUUUCGCCAACAACAACAGCAACGACAACGCCGACAAUAUUCGGAAAUACGGUAACAACAGCAACGCCGACGAUAUUUGGAAAUACAACAACAACAACGCCGUCAAUGUUUGGAGGUACGACAAUAACAACGCCGACGAUAUUUGGAAAUACAACAACAACAACAACAACGCCGUCAAUAUUUGGAGGAACGACAACGACGACGACAACAACAACGUCGACAUUGUUUGGAAAUACAACGGCGGUAGUGACACCAACGUUGUUUGGAAAUUCGGGAGCAACAGCAACACCGGUAUUUGGUACUGGAAAUUCAGAGCUAGUAUUUGGAAAUACGGCGACAUCGGCACUAUCGUUUUCAGCUUUGAAAAAUUCUCCGCCUGCGGGUGCAACUUCAACACUUGCAUUUGGCAAUAAACCUGUAUUUGGUGGUUUUGGAACGGGAACGACUACUAACAGUAUUUUCAAUAAGUCAGCGGACAAUACAUUUGGCGCGAAGAAAACUGACGCAGUGCCGGAGAAAGUUAAUUUCCUCCCAACUGAAAAUGCGGUUUCAUUCUCGACACUUGCUGCUAAAAGUGAUGAAAAUGCUUUCAAGAAAGAUCCAAACUUCUCAUUUGAGGGAGCUGGCUCUUCAGUGUUUGGCUCGAAAUUCCAAAAUACUAACAGUAAUUUAAAUACUUCGAAGAAUAAUACCAGUGUUACGGAACAGGACGAAAAUGAGAAUAAGGAAGAUGAUGAAACUGAACAGGAACAUGAUCCUCAUUUUGAACCCAUCAUUCCUCUGCCUGAUGCUAUUGAAGUACGAACAGGAGAAGAAGACGAAGAGAAAGUGUUCUGCCAGAGGGCGAAAUUGUACAGAUUCGAUUCAAAUACAAAGGAAUGGAAGGAGAGAGGCGUGGGCGAAAUGAAACUUCUUCAUCACAUUGAAGGUGGAAGUUAUAGACUUUUAUUACGUCGUGAGCAGGUACACAAAAUUGUUUGUAAUAUGUUAUUAAAUGCUGAUUUGGACUUUGAACCACUGCAAACAUCAGACCGAGCAUGGAUUUGGGCUGGUAUGAAUUAUUACGAUGGUGAAGCAAAUCUCGAAAAAUUGGCUGUGAGAUUUAAAAGUCCAGAAUUAGCUUCACAAUUUAAGGAAGCAAUUGACAAGGCUCAACAGGCUCUUCGGGAAAAACCAAGCAUCAAGCAAGUAAAAGAAAAUGUCAGUGACUCGACUGAUCAGGAAAAAUAUGAUCAGGAUGAGGAGGAUGAUGAUGAUUACGUGGAGGAAGGAGAUGAGGAGGAGGAGGAUUUUGAUGGUGAGGAAGUUGAGGAGGAGGAGGAAAUUUCUUAUAUGUUUGAAAAAAGAGCCACACUGUUUGCACAAAAUGAUGAUCAAACGUGGACAAAUCUUGGAAUGGGUUAUUUGAAAAUAUUUUAUGAUUCGGAAAUUUUUGGCGCUCGAAUUAUUAUGGAAGUUGAUAGUACUGGUGAAAUUGUUAGCAAUACAAUUAUCAGUAUUGACACUUCUAUGCAGGUCGUCGGAAAGGAGUGUUUGUGGAAAGCUUAUGAUUACGUAACGUAUCCUCCGAAGAGACGACUAUUGAAAGCUACUUUUUCAUCGGUACAAGGCGCGGAGGAAAUGUUCAUGAACUUCGAAGAUGGUCAAGACUACGCGAAAGGAGCUGAAAUAAGGGAUCAGCCAGAAAUUUACAUUCCUGAUGAAGAAUAAGAAAAAGAAUAAAGAAAAAAAAAUAAAGAGAAAAAAAGAUGGCAUACGAAUUAAUUUUGAAACUUUUUGUGAUGAAACAUAUUUCGUAGUUGAUUUAUUUAUGAGUAAGUUUAAUAAUUUUUAAUGUAUAGAUAAUUUUACUUUUCUUUCGAAUAAUUUACAUUUUUUGUUUGUAAUUUCGUUUGAUUUAAUUCUACGCAUUUUAUCAAGAAAAAAAGAGAGAAAGAAAGAAAAAUCCUCAGGAAACUUAAUUGUUUAAUUAGCUUUUCAUUGCAAAGAAAGAAAAAAUGAGGGCUCAAGAAAUAAAUCUAUUAUACACCGGUAAUAAUAAAAAAAAAAAAAAACGGAAAUAUUAAUAAUUUUCUUUUUUGUGAGAAGACGAUCGCCAAAACUAUUUAAUUCAUAUAGGCCCGUGAUAAUCGUGUUUAAAUUUGAUUAAAUUUUAUUUAUUGAAUAAUAGAAAUCUUGUAUAAAUUAUUUUACGAAACUUUAUUAUAAAUUUUCGCGAACUUAUUAUUAUAAAUAAAGAGGAUUUCCCAAACAGAAAUAAA